AGAGAGAGAGAGAGAGAGAGAGAGGGGCAGCUUUUAGUCAGUGUUCAUUUUACCAGGAUACCUUGAUCAGCUACAUGGAAUGGACAUGUUUUUUAACGACAGUGGACAUCAGCAUCGAUUGAGUAGGUAACUGACAAGACUUCAAAUGUAAACUGAGAAUGACAGGUAAAAAAAAUUAUACUUCAGACGCAGCCAACAUACUUUGGCUUGUGAGUGACCUCUGUCGGGGAUUAGUGGCCGCUCAUCUGAAAAAAACAUUGCGGAAGGAAUGGUGACGUGAAAGUGCGACGAGUCGUGGACAUGUCUCGGUUGUAUAUUUUAGUAAACAGAACACUUGGCGAUUGAAUCCAUCACUUGCCGUACAGUGAAGUGUUUGGUGACGAGGGUGAAUACUCUACAUAUUUGUUUAUUUGUGUCUCCGUUCAUCUCAUUGGUGUAUAAUACAGCACAGAUCAUCAUCCUGUUGUGUUAUUGGCUGCUACCCUAGCCAUGUUGACGGUGCUAUGCUAGCUAGCUUAGCUAGCUAAUGUUAGCGGAGUUUGCCAGCAGCAGUCAAGUUGCCUGGGAAAUUGUCUGAAAUAGUAGCCAACUACCUACACUAGUAUUAACGAUAUGCGAUGUUUGUCAUUUUCUUAAACCUAUAUGGUGUUGCUGACAUAUGAAGUACCCAUAGAUAUUUGUCCACUGUGUGGUAAAGGAGUUGGACGAAAGAGGUUAGUUACCAGGUUAGGCUAGUAGUAAAAGCAAUAGCGACAAACUCUGACACUCAGCGGCUGAAGGAAUUUUUUAUCACGUGCGUCUGCUGUGUGCGAUUGCUUUAUGAAUUGAACGCCCCAAAAAGGGAUGCGUUUUGAUACCUUCUCGGCUAAGUAGUUGGUUAAAUGCCAAACUAGCCAAAGGUCUAUCAAGGUUUCAUGUUUCAAAUUUGAGUCAAUUGAAGUGUUGACAGACCCCGAAAACCGCAUUGAGGUACCAACGUCAACCAGCGUCCUGUCUUGCGGUCAAAUGGGACGGUGACGAAAAUGCUGAAGAUUCUUCUUAUCCUAUCAACAUUAGCCUGCAUCAAUGUCACAUUGGAUGGAGUCAAUGCUGCUGAUGGGAUGCCUAUCCGUCUAGCCAACGGGUACGACGAGUGUUCAGGGAGAGUGGAGAUUCUUUAUCAAAACCAGUGGUGGACAGUGUGUGACCAUGGUUGGGACUUGAGGGUGUCUGAUGUGGUGUGCCUGGAGCUGGGCUGUGGGCUGGCUGAGCUUGCCCUGCGUGGCUCUGCGUUUGGCCCGGGCAGUGGGGAAAUAUGGCAAGGACUUGUCCAGUGUUCAGGUCACGAGGCAAGCCUAAAUCACUGUUCCAGCAUCUUCCAGUCCUCUCUCUGCACCCAUGGCAACAACGCAGGGGUGAAGUGCUCAGGCGCACUCCUGAUGCCCAACCUGUCACUGCUGUCUCCACACACCGUGUUCUCCGCUGGGGAGGCGGUUCGAUUCAGCUGCGCCGUCCUGCGAGGACACCAUGUCAGCGACUUCCACCUGUUCAAGAAGGGCGCAGCCACCCCGCUGGUGACUCAGAGGGUGGACUCCAGCCAGAUCCAGGCCGAACUCACGCUGUCAGACGUGGAGACGCUCCACCAGGGCAGCUACAGCUGUGUCUAUAGGAUCAAGGGAACUUCCCCCUCCCAGCUACUCAGCUCCCCGCCUAGCAACUAUGUCAACAUCACCGUGGUGGAGCUCCUCACCCCUCACCACUGGUAUAACACCUCGAUCGAGGCUCCGGCAGGCUCUGUCAUUAGAGGCCACAAUUUCAGUAUCACCUGCUCCACCCAGCCGCAGUACCCAGGGGGGUCAUUCCAACUGCGCCUCAUCCGUUCCAAUGGGACGGUGCGUCAGUCUCUGCCUGCCCUCAGCCCCUCGGUCACCUUCACCUUUCCCAGCGCCCAGAGCUCCAACGAGGGCUACUACUACUGCCUGUACCGGGUGCAGCUGGGGGGGCGCACUUUUGUCUCCCGGGAGAGCCAACCCCUGCCUAUAUCUGUUAGAGACCCAGACCCAGUGAUGAGCCCCAUGGUGAUCAGCUGGCUAGUGUCUGCUCUGACGUUUGUGGUGGCCUUGGUGAUCAUCAUCAUCGUGGCUAGAAUGCUAUGCAAGAGGGAGAAAAAGCCCUCUGAACUAGAGAGAGAGACCAGAACUUGUGUGGAUAACACGUAUGUUGCCUUAGCAAUAAAAUGAUGGGAUGCGCAGACAUCAUCGAUUCCCAAAGGAGCCCUCAGAACUGGUUCUGAACCCAGCGGGGAUUGGUGAGGAAAUUAAGUACCAAAGCACCUUACUUAGUCGCUCACCAUCUUGCUAUUAGGUCUUUCAUUAGAACUUGACAACACUAGUUAUAUAUUUGUAGGUAUUUCAGGACACCAUCAACAACACUACUCCUAAAGACAAGAACUGUAAACAGCAUUUGCCUUUAAGCACCAGUUUCUUAAUUAGCAUCAGCAACCGGACAAGACUGGACAUUGUUGACCAAGCACUGUAACUUUAAGUAAAAAUUAAGUGUUAAAUUAUAUGAGACUGGAAUUCAGUGAAAACCAUUUAUUGACUCAAGUCAGCUCUGGACUGUCCACCCAGGCUCGCUAACAGGGUGAUACUUGUGUUCAGAUAGCUUGACUGUCACAAACUGGUUUUUCUCAGGUCUCUUUGUGAAUAGCCUGUAAACAGUAUUUAUUAGUUAUUCCCUUUUUUGUAUUUAUGACAACACUAUUGGGAUGCAUCUCUAUGUGCAACAAUAGUAUACAUGGCAGAUGGAACAAAUGUUUUGUAUAUUUUUGCAGUAGACAACAUGCAUCUAGCUGAUAAGUACAAUGCCCUGUCUGCUUGUAGUUACCAUGUUUGUCUUUUAUUAUUUAGAGUUUGUUGGAUAGGAUUUUAUAUUUCACUUAGUUAUGAACUAUACAUGUAAAAUCCACUUGUAGUGAUGUAAUGUUUAGUUUACACAGCUAAAAACAAAUUUCAAAUAAAAGAAACACCUCAAAGCUGUUCUUCAAAAACAUGUUUUUGUGAUUUUAUUAAAAGCAUACAUCACAAUCAAUUUAUUUCCCACAAGUUCUAAGUAAUAAAAUGAUCGAUUUGGAAUUUAUAUAAAAAAAGACAUGAAUACGUUUUAAAGUUGGAUGGAUACAAAAGAUGUGACUGAUUAAAAUAGUACAUUGGAAAUAAUUUGCAUGAACCUUAUAUAGCAGGGGACUACUAGGCAUUUCUUAUUAAGGAGAAGAAAGCAAGAACUAAACCUUGAUCAGACACUGCAAGCUCCCAAAACCAUCACCCUGUACAUGGGCUGAAUCACCAUU